AUGUGGGCACCUGGCACAAAAUUUCGAGUUGUCAUUGUCGGCGGCUCAAUCGCUGGCCUGACUCUUGCCCAUGCUUUAGCUGCCUACAAUAUUGACUUUGUCGUUCUAGAGGCCCGUGAGGAAAUCGCUCCAAAUGUUGGCGCAAGUAUUGGUUUCACCGGUAACGCUCAUCGGAUCCUGGACCAACUCGGUGUGUGGGAUGAACUUGCCGAACUCGCAACCCCCAUCGUCAACAACUACGUAUGGAACGAUAAAGGUCAUCGGCUUGGAUACACGGAAGCCUUCAAGCUAUCGCAAGUUCGCCAUGGAUACCCAGUCAUUUUCCUUAUGCGACAGCAAGCACUGGACGUGCUCUGGAAUAAGCUGCCAGACAAGAGCCGUGUUCUAGCUGGUAAAAAAGUGGUUAAGAUGGAGCAAUCCUCCACACAAGCGACGGUGCAGUGUCUUGACGGGUCGACCUAUACGGGUGAUAUCAUCGUCGGCGCCGAUGGCGUACAUAGUAUCAUCCAUAAAGAGAUAUGUCGAGAAAUGGAAAUAGCGAAGCUAAAGAUGGUCACGCAAUACCGAGGUAUCUUUGGCAUUUCAAACUCGGUUACAGGGAUCAACGAGGGGGAGAUGCACAAUGUCUUUGUAAAGGGGGCUUCUAUCCUUACCAUUGGCUGUAAAGACCAUGUGUUCUGGAUAGUUGGAAUCAAGAUGAAAAGAACAUACUAUGCCCCAGAAGCACCUCGUUUCGAUCAGUCGCAACUAGAAGAUGACCUUGCAUUUCUGAUGAACAAAUACGUUUGCGCAGGAGUUCAAUUUAAGGCUGUAUAUCAACAAACUAUUCGAUGCAGCCAUCUGCCCCUUGAAGAAGGUAUAUAUGCGCGAUGGAAUUGUGGAAGGGUAGCUUGUAUAGGGGACUCGGUUCACAAGAUGACUCCCAACCUUGGUCAAGGAGGAUGCUGCGCUAUAGAAAGUGCCGCAACCUUGGCCAAUGCAAUAAUAGACAUUGUGCAAAGCCCGGAAAAACAGCAGCCUCCAAAUAUCGAAACCAGACUGGACUCGUGGGCAACUGCGAACAAGCCCAGGAUGAGGCUUAUUUGUACGUUGUCAGAGAUGGCGAUUCGGAUGCAAUCGCUAGACAAUGUGGUCUACGAGGUUACUGGCCCAAUCUUUUCCAAGUACUAUAUGGACACCUUUGCAGAUCUCAUCUCUGACAUGGGCGUGGGUGGAGAAUGCAUAUCUUUUCUACCUCUACCCAAACGUCAAAGCACCGGGACGAUGCCAUUUGGGAAGCGUCACUAUAUUGGGUCCCCGAUUAUACCAUUUAACCGUCUGCUUUGGAGCAUCCCGCUUCUGAUUUGCUUCUCCUUAAGCGUGAUUAUGUCUCCGGGGAAGACCCCAGCUUCGAGCUCUUGGGACUUGUAUUUUGCCAUUGCAGACCUGGGAAUUUUCCAGGCUAUUUGGGCCCUGGAGAGCGUAAGACUUUGCAACUCCAUAACCUUCAUGAGCUUGUACGUCUUCUUCACCUAA